GGAUGCGACGCUUCCGUUCUUCUCAACUCAGCACCUGGGAACCCUUCAGAGAAGGAGGCUACGCCAAACAACCCCAGCUUGCGAGGCUUCGAAGUGAUCGAUGCAGCAAAAACCGCAGCAGAAGCCAAAUGCCCUUGCAAGGUCUCGUGUGCCGACAUCAUCGCCUUCGCCGCCCGUGACAGUGCCUACAUAACCGGCGGCAUCGACUAUGAGGUGCCGGCUUGGAGGCGUGAUGGAAGAAUCUCUCUGGCGUCGGAGGCUCUCGACAACAUUCCAUUCCCAACCUUCACUGCCGACAAACUCAAGAAGAGCUUCGAAAGGAAGGGCUCGACGUUGGAUGAAAUGGUGACACUCUCGGGAGCCCACUCUAUUGGCCGCUCUCACUGCUCCUCCUUCACGACCAGACUGUACAACUUCAGUGCCACUCACCCUCAAGAUCCCUCCGUGGAGCCAGCCUUUGCAGCAUACUUGAAGACUAGGUGCUACCCUGCAACUGCAUUUUUUUUUUAAGAAUUAAGGCUACCCCGCAACUGUGUGGGCACACCAAACGAUCUCUUCGCUCUCUAUUUCGACGACGGGAAUAAUUGCAAACAAAUUGAGGCCAAACGGUAAAAACAACAAACCUGACUACAAUAUGCUGAAGUAAAUGCCGUCAAAAAUUAUUAAACUUAUACGAAAAAUUACAUUUGAGAC